CUAGCCCGUCAUUAAGCUUUGAAAUAUUUAUCAUCUGUAACGAUUGGUAAACAAUUUUUGUUUGAAUACAUGUGCACAUCGUGUCCAUAAUCUUUACCGCAUAUUAUUUUUAAAAUAAGCGAUAUGCGACUCGUUUUCUAAAAAAUAAAAUCAAUAAUGUCAGGGUACCUAGAGGUAAAGUACCCUUUCAAAUCAAACCUCGGCCUAAAUCCUUUCAAGUCAUGGAAGAAACAAUGGUGUAUACUUCGGCCAAGUGCGACUUGUGGCGGUGGGUCCCUGGCUGUGUACUGCAGCGAGGCAGGCGCACCCGCGGGCACAGUGGACCUGCCCUCAGGUUGCAUUGUAAAGCGGGCGAAGUCUCGCACUCGCCCUCACGCGUUCGCCGUGUUUUCCGUUGAAGAGCCCUGCAAGCCUCGCGUGCUCCUCGCCGCGACGUCGAAUCAUGAUGCUCAACACUGGAUGGACAAGAUUCGGAACUUAUUAAAUGCUGAAAAUUUGAUUGGCGAGGGCCCGUUGAAGGAUUCGUUCAGUGUGACGGUGUUGAGCACAGAGUUGUCAAAGAAGUGCGGGCUGAGCGGCGCAGACUGUGCGGUGACGGUGGGCGCUGCGGGGCUCCUGGUGGCGAAGCCCCGCCGCCUGGCGACCUUGCUCCCUUGGCCCCACCUAGCUGAACUCCGAUCUGACCCUGAUGAUAAGAAUAUAUGCGUGCUUACACUUGAUAGUGGGUUCAGUGAGGGUAGCGGCGUGAUGAAGCUGUCGAGCCCGCUGGCCGGCGAGCUGGCGGCGGCGGUGCGCAGCGCACUGCGGCGCCGCGCCCUGCCCCGCGCCAAGCUCAGCCGGAGCGAAGGUGACCUCAGAAGUCGUAGAGAAGUCGAAGCCGAAGAGGCGCGGCGCAGCAGCUGGUACAGCGGACCCUCGGAGGUGUCACUAGAUGAUACAGAUCUGAUCAUGUGCAAGGAGCCGCGCUCGUUCUCCGCGGGCCCGCUGUCGCUGCGAGCGCGCGCGCUGCUGCACCUCGCACCGUACGACCACAUGUCCAGCGGCUACGACCGGCGCUCGCUGCUCUCCGUGGCGUCCGGCGUGUACGAGGAGAUAGCGGAGGAGCCGGCCGGGCGUGCGCUGGCGGCGCGGCGAGCACUCGACUGCGAGGAGCCGACCUACGAGAGCGUGGCGGAGUGCCUGUACGCGACAGUGCGACGCGCACGACGCGCCCCGCCGCCGCCGCUGCCGCCGCGACACCACGCGCCGCUGGUGAAGCUGGGCGAGGCGUGGGCGGGGGGCGGCGCGGGCGCGGCGGUGACGCGGCACAGCUCGUUGGGCUCGCUGCCGCGCUACUGCCACUCGCGCACUCUGCCCAAGGCCCGCCAGCCCUUCAGCGUCUUCAGAAAGAGACUGAAGAGCGACUCCCGGAUGGCGAGCUCGCCGAAAUCCGACAACUCCAAAGAAAUCAAAGACGUCGAAACGAAGAAGAAGAAAUUCGACUUCCCGCCGCCGCGAGACAUAUUCAAGAGCUUCCGAGUGAGCAGGAAGAUGAAGAACCUGAAGAUCGGCUCCGCGCUGGGUAAGGGCGAGACCAAGAGCUGCGAAUUCCUCGACGACACGCGUCACGUCGCCGCCAACAGGUGCUCCAAGUCCGUGGAGUGCCUGGAGGUCGCGCCGCCGGACGAGGUGGACGGGCCGGAGGAGGCGGACGGCGACCUCUCCCUGCAGAUAGACGACUCGAGCCUGGCGGCGCUCGCUCUGCCGCCGGAGAUCGUGGAGCUGAUCCUGCGCGGGCGCGACCAGCUCGCCAAGCUGCGGCUGAAGGAGGCGGCGGCGGAGGGCGAGUACGUGCCCAUGUCGCCCAUAGUCCCGCCCCCGCCCACCGAGCACCACUACAUCGUCAUGUCCCCGCGCACCAACCUCGCCUGAUCUCCCGCAUAUCCUGCACCCAGCUCUUACCACCUGCCGGGGUUAAGGCUUGUGAUAUUUUUUUUAGUUAAAGAGAGUAGUAAUUUAUUUGGUAGAAGGAGGAUAAUUAUAAAAUUCGGAAAGGACUGAAUUUAUCUGACUGUCGUCGUUUUGACGUAAAUUAGCAAUUUAUACAACGUUUUAAAUAUGCUUUUCAUAUUUAACAAACAACUGGCUCACAGUGAUACAAUGUGUUUGGGGAAGCGAGUGCUUGCGAAACAUAACUGUGAUACAGUACGACAUCACAAAAAAUCACACAAGGAAAAUGACAUAUUUUAUGUUACACACCAGGUAUAUAAAUUAACACGCGGAUAGAUGAAAAAUAUAAUAAUUUUUAAAUAA